GACAUCAGACAGCUCAUGAAAACAGUGAGAAGUUAUAAUUAUCGGUGCGGCGAAAAGCUGUGUACCAGGCAGCCAAAGGAGCUUUAGUAAAGCCAACAUUUUCAGCCAUAUGAAAUGCGUUUUAAUGCUUUUUUCCACCAAUGAGAAGUAAACAAUGCUAUCUGCACAGGUCAGCGAAGAGCCAAGAGCUGCCGAGAGCCGGCCCAGCGGUAGUGUGUCCGUUGGUGAACAACCGGGUACGAGUGGGAUUCAAGCACGCCUGCAGCAGCAGCCUCAGCAGCCCGUGAAGCGACCCGCGCCUUCGGAAGGCGAAGAUGGCGGUAGUAGGAAACGCCCACGGCAGGGUGUCCCAAGCAGAAGCAGGUCCCCCAGAAUGGAUGAGGUGGUGGCAGAUCUAUCUGCGAGUUACGGUCAUUCAGUUGACCUGUAUGACCAGAACCUAACUGUUCUGCAGGACCUCGCGACUGGUGUCCGGGCGCUCACCGAUGCUAUAGCUCAGCAGGCUGCUGACAUCGCUCAGGUGGGAGACACCUUGCUCCGCCAAACUCUGGCCCAGGAACGCCUGGCUACUGCUGCAGAGCGACAAGUGCAGCAGAAUGACAUGAUGCUGCAGGAACUCCGCACCUUGACUAGGAUGGCCCCAGCAUUUAUCCCACUGCAGGCGUAA